AUGUCAAAUACGCUGAUGCACGUGAAACACAUUCAUUGGAUUGUGAUAGAAGACUCGAAUACAACGAAGCCAGUCAUUGAAUCAAUGUUGAAUCGCACUCAGAUUCCGCACACCUAUCUGGCCCAUCGAACGGCUCCCGGAUAUCCAAAACGGGGUUGGUAUCAACGAUCGAUGGCGUUGAAAUACUUGAGGAAUAACACUUCUGAAAUUCUCGGCGAACAUGAUGAAGGCGUUGUAUAUUUUGCCGAUGAUGAUAACUCAUACGAUAUAAGAUUAUUCGACGAAUAUGUCAGAAAUGUGAGAGUUCUUGGAAUGUGGGCUGUUGGUCUUGUUGGAGGAACUCUUGUAGAAGCACCGCAUGUCGAUCACGGAAAAGUGACUUCGUUUGAUGUUCGAUGGAAUGCGAAGCGAAUGUUUGCCAUCGACAUGGCCGGGUUCGCAAUCAAUCUGAGGAUUGUUUUAGGAUCGGAAGCCGUGUUUGGAACCUCGUGUAAGCGAGGAGCAGGAGCUCCCGAGACAUGUCUUUUACAGGACAUGGGGCUAACGAGAGAUGACAUUGAACCGUUUGGAUACGAGGGAAAGGAGCCUCGUGAGAUUUACGUGUGGCAUACUAAAACAGCACAGCCUAUAAUUGCGAAAGAUAAAUCAAAAAAGAAAAACGAUGGGAAAACAAAGCAACAGUUGCCAACAUUUGGGUAUCUUGUCGAGUACUAA